GAUGAGUCACUGAGAGUUGCCUUAGUGAAGUGUUCUAAAGAUUCCUCAGAUCCUGGAGGUUCUCAAACUGCUGCUAGGAAUGCCGUCACACUCCUGAGACCCAAGGUUACUGCUUUGGUUGGUUUCUGCUACAGUCCCAGUCCUGAAAAAGCCCAGCUAGGAGAUGUGGUGAUAUCCUCAAAACUUACAACAGAUUGUCACCAAACCCCAGUGAGUAGAGAUGUUGGUAAACUUGUCAAAACUGCGGCUUAUGGAUGGAAGGCACCAUUAGAAAACCCACAAGCACAAGAAGUCAAGGUCAAAGAAGGAGAGAUUUUAAGUUGCUCUGAUAUGAAGGGUGCUGAACAGCAGUGUCAAUCACACCCUGGGGCAAUUGCAGUUGAAAUGACAGGAAAAGGCCUUUUUGCAGCAGCUCAUGACAUGAAGAUGGAGUGGCUUGUCGUUAAAGGUGUUUGUGACUUUGUACAUGGCAGUGGAUUUACUAAGGAUUCAUGGAAGACUUUUGCUUGUGUAAUGGCGGCCUCUGUUGUAUCUAACAUUUUUGGUGACUCUUCAGUGUUUGAAGUCUGGCCUCAUUAUGGAAACAAUUUAGCGAGAGAGGGGAGUGGGAAUAGUGAUGAUUCUUCUAAUUGUGAAUGCAAAAGGGUGGCAGACAAUGUAGCUAGAGAGGGGAGUGGCAACAGUGAUGAUUCUUCAAAUUAUGAACGCAAAAGGGUAGCAGACAAUAUAGCCAGAGAGGGGACUGGGAACAGUGAUGAUUCUUCAAAUUAUAAACGCAAAAGGGUGGCAGAAUAUUCUCCAGAAGAAACCUUUGAUGUGAAAUCCUGUAGAGAUAAACUUGCAGAGCAUUAUAAAAGAACCGCCACGGUGCCCACUUCUGUGUGGUCCAAAGCAUGUCCCGUGAAGAUUGACCAAAUUUACACUAGACUCUCCGUGGUAAAAGAGGAACCAGCCCCGUCUGGGUCAUCACACUCAAAGCUGAAUCACUACACUGAGCUUUUCAUUGAUGGCGAAGGAAACACACAAAAGAGAAUACUUGUUCAAGGGCAGACUGGAAUUGGAAAGACCACGUUUGUGAAGAAAGUUGCUGUGGACUGGGCAGAACUUAAUGACGAGAACACUGAACUCGACGUGAAGCUUGCAGAGAGUCCAAACUACGAAGUCGAGUCAAAUGACGGAUCAGUUAAAGGCUUGGACGAAAUUCAGAAGCAAGUCUUAAAAAGAUUCGAACUUGUUCUCUUGGUUAAUCUGAAGGAAGCUUCCAAAUGCCAAACGCUCGAAGAAGUCUUGUAUCAUUGCAAUAUUUUUCCUGAAGAAGACUCAGCUUUGGUAGAUGAGAUGCUAAGUUAUAUCGCGAAAAAUCAAGAGAAAGUUUUGCUGAUGUUUGAUGGCUAUGACGAGUAUGGUUGUGGACGAAACUCCGAAAUCUUCGACAUAUUUAGAAGAAAGAAACUGAGAAGUUGUUGUGUCUUGAUAACAACUAGAAUCUCCAAAGCGGACGAGCUUCGAGAGUCUAAGGAUGUUUAUGCCGAGGUCACCGGGUUCAGCGAAUGGGACAGAUUUUCCUUUAUGUGCCGAUUUCUUGGCAGUGAAACAGAAGCAGAAGAGCUGAUGGGUCACCUAGUUAGAGAAAAUUUGACAGAUUUAGCAAAAAUUCCCCUCCUGCUCCUCUUCUUUUGCACUUUGUGGAAAAAAGGUAGAGUGAAGAGCUUCCCUGAUACCAAAACGAACCUUUACCUGGCGAUUGUCCAAUGCAUUGUGGAUUAUAAUCAAGGAAAGAGUUCUCCUGCCCAGUUUAGCAAACUAGAAGACCUCCAAGAUAUCCUAGCUGAGAUAGGAAAGGUGGCGUUGGAGUGUCUCUUAGAGGACGACCAUGUAUUUGAGUAUGAUCAACUCUCCACCGCCAUCCUUUGUGAAGAAAGUCGCAUCAUUGGUUUACUUCAAGUUACUGAGUACUCAGAAAAUCUUCGACCAGCAGGAAUGGUGUCCUUUAUCCACAAGAGUAUACAAGAGUUUCUAGCAGCGUGGUAUAUCACCUACAGAUGUAUCCCUGAAAAAUGUCUAGGUGGAGUGGAGAAACAUGCUCUCACUUUGGAGAGUUGUGCCGCCUGGGAGAAUGUUUUUCAGUUCAUUUGCGGUUUGUCUAAUGAUGGAGCAGUCGUAGUCCUUGACCAUUUCACCUCUGUCAGAAUCGCUACACCAGAUCUGGAUUUAUCGAAGACGGUAUUAGAUGUAGAAAGCAAUACAGACCCACCGUUUAAUGACUUAACUUACAGGCAAGUCAUGUUCAAUGACCUGGUUUUUAAUUCUCUUCAAGAGGUUCAGUCAAAAGGUGAACUCUUACAACGCUGUUUUUAUUGUCUCGGGAGUGUCAUCUUGGUUACAACAUCACUUUCUCGCCUUCUAGAAAAGAUGGAAAGGGAGACUGUCGGAAGAGUUACAAAUUCCACUGUUUUCGUUUACGAAUCUUCCCUCCGAGUCCCAGUGUGGGCACUUUAUCGUUUGGUAAAAAUUCUCCGUUGUCCGCAAAGUUUUGAGCUUCUGACAGUUGAAAAAUUUUUACAAAUGUUAACAGAUGAUCGAACUCCAGUUUUCUGCAGUAAUUUCCGUUGUGAGCUUUUUUUCCGUAAUGACGAGCUUCAGUUUUACUUUACGAGAUUGACUGUAGAAUGUAGUGAGUUUGUAGAACUGUUCAAUGCAAGUUUUGGGGCGUCUGCCUCAUCUGGCUCGGAAGAUACUGGUAUAGAAAAUUCAGCUGUGAAGUUUUUGAGAUCCUUUCAGUGUAACUGCAUUCUGGAGGAAAAAGCAAGGGAGGCGCUGGGGGUGAUAAUCAGACACUGCAAAAGCUUGAAAAGGAUUAGAUUCCCAGGUAAGGGAUACCAUGUCAGCGAAAUUUUAAAACAGGUGCCAAACCCCAGUGAGUGUUUUGUGCAACUCGGCGCUACUCUUGAUCCGCUUUUUGACGAACUGCACUUGUCGACGGCAGAGAUAGAAGAGCUUGCUAAGUUAUUGCCAAGAUUCCACAACAUCAUUAAUCUUUGUGUGAAGUUUUUUCCAUGGACUACAAAAGCAAUAGACACAUUAGUCACCAGUUUAACGCAUCAUUCUUUUGAAGUACUUAUAUUGAGAGGAAUACAGCUGACUUCUGCAGUGGUUAGAGCUCUCGGCCGGUCGCUUCCAGACAUGUCAUCCUUACAAGUUUUAGAACUAACCGGGUCGGGUCAAAGAAUGUCGGAAGAGGAGGACAUGGAGAGGUUGUUCGGUGGAUUUUACAAAACGAUGCCUUUGCGCAUGUUCGCUUUUACUGGUUUUAGUAUCGAAACCUGUAUUGUCUCGAUCAGCAAAUGCUUCAGCUUCUUCCC